AGCCGGUUAGCCAUUUUGCUAGCGCUGUGUUAGUGUUGUGACGGAGAUGGAUGAGGGAGAGGAGGCGAGUGUGGUUCACACUCACAGCGCUUCAGCUUCUGGAUCCAAGUCUGGAGGAGAUAAGAUGUUUUCUCUGAAGAAGUGGAACGCAGUGGCGAUGUGGAGCUGGGAUGUGGAGUGUGAUACCUGCGCCAUCUGUAGAGUUCAGGUGAUGGAUGCGUGUUUGAGGUGUCAGGCUGAAAAUAAACAAGAAGACUGUGUGGUUGUGUGGGGAGAGUGUAAUCACUCCUUCCAUAACUGCUGCAUGUCUCUCUGGGUGAAGCAAAACAACAGAUGCCCGCUUUGCCAACAAGACUGGGUCGUACAGAGGAUUGGCAAGUGAAGACUGGCGAGUCCGUUCACAAUGGCGCCCCGUCUUGCCCGAGGACACAGGAUAACGGCUGAUGUGCAUGUUUGUUACUGAAUGCACUGAUUUAUAGCAGAACUCCAGGUGACUCUAGAUACCUGCUUCACUGUCUGACUGAGAAGCACUACAGAGUCGCACUUCAGUGUUUGAUCGACCGUGAGUGUGAUGUGAAAAGGUGUUAGAUAGUAAAUAAAUAAACUGUUAAUAAACUAUUUAAAAAACAUGA